AUGGGAGAGAUCGUCGAAAUUGCACCCAGCAUUCUCCUCAUGGGCACCGAGCUAGGACGUUUGCUGGCAGAUUACCGCUACUCUGCGGACCGCCUUCGUCAAGGGCUCUUCAGAGUUGUCCUGGGCCACGGAAGCAUCUAUAACCAUGCUUCAGUUCCAAAUCUAGCUUACCGCCGGGUUCGGGUGACGCGCUAUUCGCCAGCACAGAGCUUGAGCAUCUGCUACAUCGCAAAGCGCGAUAUCUCAGUGGGUGAAGAGUUAUUGAUUUCAUAUGGCAAGACAUGGUGGACUUCUCGAGGGGUCUUUGAUGUCAACAACCCAAAGAACGAGCAACGUCUACUGCCCCCACCCUCGUCUGCACGUGCUGCCCCCGAGGAGGACCGAGCACCUUACCAGCAGCGCUGGAACUUUGCAGGUGGAUCCAGCUGGAGGCGUAGCCUGCGUGGUCAUCACUGA